CUUCAGCCUCCGCACGUUUCCGAUACUGAUCACACCGCCUGCGUAUACCCACGAUUCAUCAUGGGCCCCAAGAAGGGUGCAAACACCGGCAAAGCGGCGGCCAAGGCUGCUAAGAAGGAGAAGCAGGCGUCCAAGGCGGCAAAGAAGGAGGCCGCAGCCAUAAAGGCUUCUUCCAAGGGCAAGAGCAAGGCAGCCAAGGAGGAGGAUGAAGAAGACCUCGACGCGAUCCUUGACCGCUACAGGGCGGAGAUGGAGGCGCUGGCCGCAAAUACCGUGACGAGGCUCGAGAGUCCGCCGCCGCCGCGCACGGGCGCGCUAUUCCUUCCUUCGCCUUCGACGUUGAGCUCAGAAAGCAAUCAUCUGUAUCUCCUUUUCGGAGAACACUUUGACGGACAGCGGGCGACGUUUUAUCCGUCCGUGCUGCGGUAUGACGUCGCGAAGGACGAAUGGCGCGAGUACAAAAGUGGUACGGCACCCGCACCCCGCAGCAGUGCCGCAGGCGUGGCGGGUGCUGGGCUCGCUGAGGGCGGUGGUAUCAUUAUUUUUGGGGGAGAGUACGCAAGUCCGACUCAAACAAGCUUUCACCACUACCGAGACAUGUGGCUCUUCUCGUGCAAAACUCACAGUUGGGACAGGAUCGAGUUCAAGCGCGGGCCCACAGGACGCAGCGGCCACCGCAUGGUGUUGUGGAAGAACUAUGUCAUUCUGUUCGGCGGGUUCAUUGAUGUCGGUGUAAAGACCAACUACCUCUCGGACCUCUGGGUCUUCGACAUGGACACCUUCCGAUGGCAUCAGAUCGAGCACAUCGACAAAGACCGUGCGCCAGGUCCACGCUCCGGCUUCAGCUUCAUUCCAUGCCCGGAGGGCGCGGUUCUCUACGGUGGCUACCGGAAGGAGUACGUGAAGGGCACGCGGCCAAAGGGGAUGCCACUUGACGAUUGCUGGCUGCUGCGCAUGGACGGGGAUCUGUCCAAGCUUAAGUGGGAGCGCCGCAAGAAGGUAGGAUACGCACCGACGCUACGAUCGGGUGCAAGCAUGACGUACUGGGCGAGUAAGGGAGUCGGCGUGCUGUUCGGCGGUGUGCUCGACGAGGAAAGGGACGAAGAGAGUAUGGAAUCGGUAUUCUACAACGACCUCUUCAUGUAUAACCCCGCAGGAAACGGGCGAUGGUCAAGCCUGAAUCUUAAGAAGAAGAAGGUUGGCGGCAAACGGCGAGCGCGCAAAGCGGCUGCGAUGGAGCGGAGAGACGGCGAGGACGAGGACAUCGACAUGGAUGAGGCUCAGGACGACGGCUGCGACAAUCUGGAGUCGACAAGGAACCCUUCACCCUCACCGUCCCCGAUGCCUUUGGAAGACGACGACGACGACGACCCGCAAAAGACUGUACCGCUGACGAGAUACAACGCGAUGCUGGCAAUCGUGAAAAACACGCUGUUCAUCUAUGGCGGAAUCUUUGAGACGGCAGCCCCCGCCCGUGAAUAUACUCUGGACGAUUUCGUGACGCUCAAUUUGGAGAAAUUGGACAGGUUCAAUCAUCUGCGGGGAACGGGCAUCGAUGAGAUGGCGUGGGCGGGGAGCGACGAUGAGGAUGGCCCAGACUCCUCUGCGACAGAGGAUGAGGAUGAGCAGGAAGGGGAGGAGGAGGAUGACGAGGAUGACGAGGAUGACGAGGAAGAGGAACUCAACGCGCUUGAGGACGAGGAGGAGGGCGACGACGACGCCCGUGCGGCGCGGCACGCGGCGCUGUCUCAAACGGAAAAAGAUGCUUUGCGGCGCGAGGCUACGAAGUUUAUGGGAGUGGCCAAGGACAGUGGCCGAACCGAGGAAGACGUCCUCUCCACGCCGCUUCCAGGCGAGAACUUGAGGAUGUUCUACGAGCGCACCCGCGAAUACUGGGCCGGCAUGGCGUACAAUCGCAGCGGGAGUCGCGGGAAAGCGCUGCGUCGCGAGGGCUUCCAUCUGGCGAGCGCUAGGUACGAUGAUUAUCGCCCCAUUCUGGAUGAGAUCCAGCGCAUCCAGCGUGAGGCCGAACUUGAUACCGCCGCUGUGGCUGCCAGCAAGCGCACAACAUUGGGCGUCGUCGGCGAGGGCGGACGUAACCGGCGCUAGGAGCUAUGCAUGUACACUAUCA